CACCUGACAGGGUCUCCGGAACCACUCUGGAUAUUUAAGGGUCUGCCAUCCGUCCGCUGUCCCUUCUUCUUUUCCUUUCUCUAUCCUCCUCCUCUUCCCAUCCUCUGCCAAUACACCACCAUGUCUUACUACCAACCACAGGAUUCCUACUACGGAGGACGUCCUUCUUACGAGCGUCCUCCCUACGAGGGUGGCCCUCCUCCUCAGCGGCCCCCUUACGAUCGCCCUCCCUACGAGGGUGGCCCUCCUCCUCAGCGGCCCCCUUACGAUCGCCCUUCCUACGAGGGUGGUCCCCCUCCCGACAGACCUCCUUAUGAUCGUCCUCCCUACGACCGUCCCCCUCCCGAGAGAUACAACUCCGGUCCUCCCCCGCCUGAGCGCCCCCCAUACGAUCGUCCUUACAGUGACCGUUCGCCCUUUGAGGGCGGCGAACGCUCCUUCGACUCUCCUCCCCCUCGUCCUCCCUACGCCAGCCCUCCUCCCUCCUCUCGUCCUCCUCCCGUCCCUCCUCCGCCUCUCCCCGUGGAUUGGACCCAGGAAUGGGACCCCAACUCCCGCCGCGCCUACUUCGUCCACAUGCCCUCUGGCCGUUCGGAAUGGAUUCUUCCUGCCGAUGGCUCUCGCGACAUGCCUCCUCCGGGACCUCCGGGUGCAGGACCCGGCUUCUACUCGGGGCCCCCUCCCCCGGGACCUGAGGGUGGAUACUACUCUCCGGACCCCGAGGCCGCGCAGGCUGCUGCGGAGGAGCAAAAGAAGAAGGACCGGAAGAACAUGCUGCUCGGAGCCGCCGGUGGUCUGGCUGUCGGUGCUCUCGGAGCUGCCUUCAUCACCCACGAAAUUGAUGAGCACCGGGAAGAAGAGCGCGAAGAAGAGGAACGCGAGGACGGGCCUCCUCCGGUCAUCUACGAACGGGAGACCAUCAUUGAGCGUGAGGAGGUGCCCGCCUAUGAGACUUACCCGGAGGAUGACUGGUAGACUCGCAUACCUUGUUAAUCAUUGCAUUUUCGGGAUUGUUUAGCUGUAUCUUAGCAUAUACCUCUACGCAUAAAUAGAUUGACCUUUUAUCUGUGCUGUUACGUGGCAGUAGGCAGUAGGCAGGGCAGGCCGAGUAUAU